GCCAUCGCUGCAGUUGCUUCGUAGCUUCCGCUUUCCGCUGCCCUUGUUGCUGGCGGGAGGUGACGGGACCAGGAACCGCGAUGUGGCGUUACCUGCAGGGUGUUCGCCAAAUUUCCCGGAGGACCAUAAGCACUGCUUCACGCAGGCAGUUGGAAAAUAAAGUUCCUGAGAAGCAGAAGUUUUUUCAGGAGGAUAAUGGCAUUCCAGUGUAUCUUAAAGGUGGUCUAAUGGAUUCUCUGCUCUAUAAAGUCACCAUGGGUCUUACAGUUUUUGGAACUGCCUAUGUUGUGUAUCAGCUGGGUGUCGCUUCAAUGCCCAAGAAGCAGAAAUGAUUCCAAGUUCAAGAUGCCUCAGUGACUAGCAUCUCUUCGUCCAAUUCCAUGUGAUGGCAGCUUAUACUUACUAGAAACAGAUGGCUUAAUGCCUGGAAUCAUAAUUUAAUUGUAACAUGUUAACUGCAGUCAAUAAAGCAGUUCUACAUUAGA